AUGAGGUUUCUUCUUGUUUCCCUCGCUGUGAGCAGCGCUGCAGUUGCGGCUCAAGACGACUUCAACAUCUUCCAACAUCUCGGAGGCAAUGGACAGUGGCUUCCGGGCGAGGAACUGACUGGCAUCUCAUCCGAGGUACCUACGGGAUGCAAAGUCGAUCUUGCAGCCUCCUUCUCGCGCCAUGGUUCGCGGUAUCCCGACACAGGUGCCUAUAAGGAAUGGGUGGAACUCUCCAAGUACAUUCAGGCUGCAGGCGACUUUGAGGUCACUAACGAGAAGCUCGCCUUCUUGAAGACCUGGAAGCCUGUACUAUCCAAUCCCGAGGCCCAAAUCGCCAACGUGAGCCCUACUGGUUGGAAGGAGCUUCAUGAGAUGGGAACGACUUGGCGCCUUCGUUACCCCGACUUAUACGAGUACAACACCCCGUUCACCAUGUGGGCCAAUUACUACAAGUCCGGCCCUCGUGUACGAGACAGCGCACGCCUAUUCGCCCAGGGAUUCAUAGGUCCCAAUGCCACAGAUCUCACAACGAUUUACGCCCUCAAUGCCAGCGAUCCUUCUAGCUGGGGCAACUCUCUCGCUCCGAGUGACCUCUGCAAAGCAUACAAUGACGAAGGCGGUAGCCCCAUCAAGCCAGUAUGGGAUGCGAUCUACCUCCCACCCAUCGUCGCGAGACUCAACGCUCAGAUCCAGGGUAAUCUCAACCUCACCAAGAGCCAGGUGGAGUUGUUUCCCUACCUCUGUGGUUUCGAGACCCAAAUUACUGGCCGCCGAAGUCCCUUCUGUGACGUUUUCACCAAGGAGGAGGUUUUACAAUAUGAAUAUGCACAAGAUUUACGUUACUGGUAUGGGAAUGGACUUGGCUCGGAUAUUGAAAAGUACCAAAUGUUGCCAGUUGUCGAUAUGGCUGUGCAGCGCUUCGUCGACGGGCCCAAUGCAGCAUACAAGGUCGGAAACGAUACUUUUACGCCACCCAAGAUGAUGGCUUCGUUCUCAAACGAUGGUCAAAUCAACCAGCUUGCUGCAGCGAUCGGCGUGUUCGAUGGCCAGCAACCACUUCCCGGCAACAUGUCGCUGCCAGAUCGUCUAUUCCGCUCAUCUCAGAUCGUGAAGAUGCGCGGCACCGUAGCUUUCGAACGCUUGUCGUGCACGUCUUCUGCACCAAACAGCACUACCACUUAUCAUUACGCGCACAAGAUAUCUAACUGUUCGGCAACUGCCGAGCCUUCUAAGCCUAUUGAGGAGACGUACAUGAGGAUUCGCAUCAACGAUGUCGUUUAUCCUGUUGUAAACUGUACCAGUGGGCCUGGCUCUUCGUGCCCACUGUUACAGUACCAGAAGAUUAUCAAGAAGAAGCGCGAAGAAGCAGGCGAUUUUACCAAGCUAUGUAACAUGACGGAUGAAAGCCUUGCUGCUCAGCCGAAGGCGACCUUCUUCUUCGAUAAUACGCUGCCGUGGCAGGUCAUCGUGAAGCCUUGA